AUGAAGAGCUGCAAGCACGGGUCCUGGCUGUCUCUCCACGGGAAGAAGGAGAUCUUGUUCCACUGUGCUAGUACUUUGAACGAUAUAGUCGCGAGCCUCGACAAGCCUGCCAGCAAGAGCCCGAGUCUGAUCGUCAUGCUUGGUAAUGCUGGCAAGGGAACAUUAUUAGCCGAUGCUCUCCCCGCUACCAGAGAACGCGUGAACAGUCGGUCGACUCACGGAGUGUCUUUACAACUAGACUCCGCUACUGCUUUCAGUGACCGUCCCAUGCUGAUUGCACACGAGGACAUCUCGAAGCGGAGUACGUCCGUAGCAGAGCCCAUGGCCGCUCCCUGUCACCGCCAAACGGUACGUGCAUUGCAGUGGCAGGUGGAUAGUUUAGCUGAGGCUUUCGAUAGUCUACACUGUAGACUGGUCCGCCCGUUCACAGACGUGGUGUGUUUCUUCUCCACGGGGAGCCGUGAUGUACACCAUCAGGUCGAUCGCAUGAUACCAUGGCUCGAGCAGACACCCAGCCAAGGACCUCACAUCACAGUGCAUCCUCGACUACUAUUCGUAGCGGCACCUUCUGAAGAGCAGAGCGAGGCGAGUGUACAGGGCCAGCUGAUAGAUCUCUUGCACACGCGACUGAAACAGCCUAGAUCUGACUUGUCUUCCCGCCUCUCUGUAUACGUUAAACAUGCUAGCACCCAGACGCUGACAGAUCGGAUCAAACGCGAAGUAGACAUUGCCAGAAACGAGCGCGUUCGCGACUAUACCCUCUUGAACGCCGUGCACUUUGAUCUCCUGUUCCGUCAAGCUUGCGACCAUUUUGUCAGCAGCGGACGGGACCCGUUCGACAUGGUCACUGCGUCGCGGUCGCACCGCCCCGUAACCGCGCGCUUGCAGACGUAUCUGAGCGUUCUUCUCGACUCGGUAGACAGCUUGGACGAUAUGACGGAGUUUGCGGUUCCAUUUAUUGCAGGUUGUCUGGUGAUAGACAACUAUGCAUACGACGUGCCCAUUCUCGACCCACUCAAGGUAUUCUCGGCUCACUACAAGCCCGCUUGUCUGGACGCAGCUGUGAACAAAACCCUAGAGUCUCCGAGACACCAGGAUAAUGUGGUGCUGCUGCUUCGCACCCAUUUGGUCUCUCUCAUCGAACAGCGCUUCGUGCAAAGAAGUAAAACGCUCUGCACCAAUCCGCUCGCGGAACUGCUAGCAGAGUUCCAGCCCUGGCUCGCGGCGAGAAAGCCUCACAGGAUUUGCUUAGCCUGCAUGCAAGCAGACCCAGAGCAUAAGCUCACGUGUGGCCAUAUGAUGUGCGAGAGGUGCUUCACAAGUGUGGGAAGCUGUUCCCAAAUGGAUCCCUAUCUCUACACGUUGGACUGCUGCCCCUUUUGCUCCCAGUCUUGCCAGGCUACUGUGCGCACGAAGCCUGCCACUGCCGGUUUACGAGUGCUAUCUAUUGACGGUGGUGGUAUCCGCGCUGCGAUUCCCAUCCAAUUCCUUUGCGCGCUCGAAAAAGCAGUAGGUCUCGAUAUGCCGAUUCAGGAACACUUCGAUCUUGCCUACGGAACGAGUUCAGGCGCGAUGGUGGUUCUGGCGCUUUACGGUCUGGGCAUGCGAGCUGAGGAGACUUUUACUCUCUUCAGCCAGCUGUCAACACGCAUAUUUCGCGGGCGGAGCCAACUUGGCUUGGGACUUGCUGCCACAGCCCAUGCCCUCAUCACUUCGUGUCGCAACGGCCGGUUUCCUGCCAGCGACAUCGAUGACGCUCUGAUGGAGAUCUUCGAUGAAGCCACCAUGCUGGAUCUCGAGUACAUGUCUUCGAUCGGGGCACGAGUCGGUCUUCCCGUUGUCGAUGUCGACACACUGGACACGUGUCUGGUGACGAGCUACAACGGGGCUGCUCCCAAAUACGGUGACGAUGCAUGUACAAAGAUGUCAACGUAUCGAGUCUUGCGCUCAGAAGAUGUUGCCGAUGAGAUACGCCGCACGAUGUACAUCGGCGGCUCCCUGGUAUUUCACGCCACACAAGAUGCCUGGCCAUGGCACAUUCAUGGACGGAGGGCUAAGCGACAACAACCCUGCAUGCUUGCCGUACAAGAACUCCAGAAGAUGGCUCCUAGGCUGAGCCGUGCUGACCACUUCGUGUCCGUAGGAACAGGCAUUUCGACAACGAGAGAGGUUGCCAAAGCCGACGUCUACCCCAGCCUGCUCUUCGGAAACAGCUCUCUGCAGCAGACUGCCAAGCACUACUGGAGCGAAAACUUCGAUGGCGACAAGAGAUUCGCCCUCAUGCGCCAGAUUCUGGCUGCAUCAUUGCCCGGAGGGGUUGCUAACGUAGAUAGAUGGCUCCAUCGGUUCAACCUACCCGUAGAAGGUGAGCUACCUGAUUUAGCUGACGCCUCUGCCAUGGGGAAUCUCGCUGAAGCAGCUCGUUCCUACUUUACGACGGACUCGGCUGUGCGUGACUUGGCCGACGCUGCACUCGCUCUCAGCUUCUACUUUGAGCUACGACCAGGACGCAUGCCAAUCUACGAGCGUGGCUCCUACACCUGUUACGGCUUGAUUCGGUGUCGUAUCCCCGGGAUCAGUCCCGCGUUCUCCACGUUGAUGCAAAAACUCGAUUAUCUAGACGCUAACUUCCAGAUCCAGAUGCAAGUGUGUGAUUCAAGGCAAGCCAUGUCAACGUGGAUCGAUCGGCAUGGGAACUUUGGCCAACCCAUAUGUUUGCGCGUUUCCUCGCUCAACGAAGAACUAGACGUUCGCUUGAGAUUGCACGGGGACCGUGUUCAUCCUAUAAGCGCUUCACCGCUAACGUUCAAAACCUUGAUCGAUCUACAGAUGCUCGAAUGGAGUGCGCUCGAAGAUGUGCACGCCACUGCGAGCGUUACAGGCAAGAAGAGACGACUAGACGACUCGCCCCUGCCGGCAGGUAAGCGACGUUGCUUGGAGACGACGUGA